UACGUCGUCGUCGUUCAGCCGACGAGAAUUUUACUCCGGAAUCUACGGAGGAUCGCUCCGAAUCGCGAGCGUUCUUCACAAUCGGAAGAUAAACAAGGCCGUAACAACCUACGGUGGUAUCGCAGAUAAUUAUCUGAAGUGUGUAAACGUUUAUUAAAAAUAGAGAGAGAGAGAGAAAAAAAAAAAACAAAUACUUGGACGAUUAUCGAACAGUGGUGAUUAUCAAGGGAGUACGUGAUGUUCCGUCGCAACUAACAGUGCCACAAGUGUAGCGUACCGCUGAAUUCAUUCGGUUUGUAUCCAGUGCUCGGUUCCGAAGUCGAUUUUUCCACUCGCGAUCUCCAAGAUGCGUUUGAUAGCGACGUUGGUGCUCCUCUGUCUGAUGGGGCGCGAAGGAUUCGGCGCUAAAAUUCUGGGUCUUUUGCCGUUCCCCGGAAGAUCGCACCUCUCCGUGAGUUCACCGGUGUUGCACGGACUCGCUAAAAAAGGACACGACGUCACGGCCUACGUACCAUUUUCCACCGGAUUCAACGCCACGAAUUACAGAGAGAUCGUCUACGAACAUACCCCGAUAACGAAUUCCAUCGACGUGUUGUCGGUAGUCAACGUGAACGCGAUACAGAAGCCCUUCGGUUUUUUCUUCAUGGGGAUAUUCACGACGGAAAUGGCGCUGAACACGACGGAGGUCAGAGAUCUGAUCAGAUCCGAGGAGAAGUACGACCUGAUCGUCAUGGAGGAAUUCCUGAACGAGGCGUUCUUCGUGUUCGCCCACAAAUUCAAGUGUCCCGUGGUACUAGUGAGCACCUUCGGCAGUUCGGCUGUGGUGGAUCAGAUUUUUGGAAACUCGGCGCCGCUCAGCUACGUGCCCAGUUUGUUUCUCAUCGCCGACGACAGGAUGACGCUUAUCGAAAGAUUCCAGAACGUCCUCGUCACCGUUUACACCAAUCUGUUGAGAGAUCUGUUCUACAUGCCGCGGCAGCAGGCUCUGGCCGUCAAAUAUCUCGGAGAUUCGGGCGUCGAGAUACCGGAUCUCGGAGAAAUCGAGAGACAGGCUGACUUCAUACUCGUGAACAGCCAUCCGGCUUUCUCCACCCCCAAACCGUACAUGCCGAACAUGAAGGACGUCGCCGGAAUGCACCUGAAACCGGUCAAACCUUUGCCCGCGGACUUGAAGGAGUACCUGGACUCGUCGAAGACCGGUGUGGUCCUCUUCAGUCUUGGAUCGGCCAUGCAGAGUGUCAAGAUGCCGGAGAACGUGCUCAGGGUGUUGAAGAAAUCAUUCGAACGUUUGCCUUUCGACGUUCUCUGGAAAUGGGAGAACGACACGAUGGCUGACAAGCCGAAGAACGUUCGUAUAGGGAAAUGGCUGCCGCAAAACGACCUGCUCGCGCAUCCGAAUUUGAAACUGUUCGUCACUCACGGCGGUAUAUCCAGUCUGAUGGAAACGGUGUACCACGGUGUUCCGAUCGUAGCUACUCCCCUGUUCGGAGAUCAGAUGCGGAACAUCAUGUUGGCGGAGAGGCGAGGUUACGCCAUAUAUUUGGACUUUCAAACGAUGACGGAGAACCAGAUUUACGAAGCGGUCAUGAAGGUCGCUAACGAUCCAAAGUACAAAGAGAACGUUAAGAAGGUAUCGGCCUACUGGAGGGACGACUUGAAUCAUCCUCUGGAUCAGGCGGUUCACUGGGUUGAGUACGUAUUGAAACACGACGGCGCGAAACACCUCAAGGCCACCGUCACGGAGCAGACCUUUGUUCAAUAUCUUUUGCUGGACGUCGCCUUCCUAAUCUUGACGAUAUUGACCUUGACCUUCUUAGCUGUACGUCGAAUCUUUGGAUCAAUCUGCGGGAGGACCGGCCCCAAGGCGAUUUCGAAAAAGACCAACUAGUGCGAGCGAAUCAAUUUUCUGCGGACGUGAUCGACACGAUUGAAAAUAUGUGUAAACUGGAAAUGGUCACUUCGGGGUACAGCGAGAGACUCGCAAUAGACGCGAAAGGUGCGACUGCGAUCUAAUUUCGCGUGUACCCUCGUCAUCGGUGUUGAAUUACAUGUUAAUUAUCUGAUUAAUAAGCUCGUCAAUUUUAGGCGAUAACUAGGAGGAAUUGUAGUAUCUUAACGUUAACAUUAUGUACCACCCUAAGAUAAAUAGCUCCGGGCUUAUCCAAAGAGUUGAACACCGGCAGCCGGAGUAAGUAUAUAUGUAUACUGGAAUCACUAAAGCGAUAUAUGAUAA